AUGGUCUUGAUAUGAAGAGCUGAUCCCUCAACCGACAGCUAGCUCUUCGACUUCCUUUCCACGUCGUUGCGUGCACUCGUGGCCACUAUCUGAGCAUUCUACAUUCUUGGAGACCUGGGUCUAGGCUGGGACGGUGAGACUGAGUUCUUGAUUUCAGAUAGGCCUUGCAGCGCGGAUUCGGUAAGCUCAGUAGUCUAGCUGAGCUAGUCCUGGCAGAGUUGUGAUGUGUUCACGGAGGUGAGCCACUAUGCCACACUUCCCUCAUCUACGCCACAUUCAGGACACGAACACCAGCCUGUCUCUGGAUGUGGCGACUGCGCGCUCUCCGGCUAACAGCGACAAUGGAAGCCCUGAGGAAACCGGACGCUCGGCGUUUGGUCGUAGUGACGUCUCGCCGCUACGUCGCUCGCACGGCAUGCGGCGGAAGGAGAGAAGGCACAAUAAUCGUGUAGUGCGUAAGCAGCGCACCGUCGGUGAUGACGAUGCCGGAAAAGCUACCGAAAUGGAACGUAGCGCCAGUGCCUCUCCUCUCCGUUUCGCGCGUGAUCGCUGGCUGCACGGAAAAGCAACACCGGAUAGUGCCUCACCAUCACCGGCACGGUCUGCAGGUGAUCGAGCGCCGCACCAAAGUGCAUUGAUCCACGCUAGCGCCGAGGCUAGCCGUCAUAUGCGCGAAGUAGCCGCUGAAGGAUCCACGAAGAUUCUACGGCGGAGAUCGUCCGCCAGCUACAUAAACAACGUAGCGGGAGUCUUGAACUGUGAUCCGACAAUCAUGAGGCGAGCUGUCGACGUCAGGAAACCUGGGCCCGCACUGGUGUCCCGGGACCAGUCCGGAACCGACCUGGCUGCUGCCGUACGUAAGCGACGUGCGGAGCGUAGCGGAGGUGACGAAGAUGACGAUGCUCCGCGCGCAUCGAACGCACUGAAAGCACUGAAAGCAGAGCCGCCGCGCCACGAGCCCACUGCUGCAAGAUACCUGCGGGCGCAGAGUGUCCCGAGUUAUGACCGCACUCCCACUGUGAGCGGUCCAGCAGGCACACAGACACCAGUUGACACUGAUAGUGAUAGUGAGGUGGAGAUGUGGCUAGAAACCUAUGAGCACAUUUCCAUGCCAGGCGAGGGGGAAAUACCCUUACCAGGCAGUACAGCAGCAGAGAACAGGAGCACAAGGCUAGAUGUUGGCACGGCGACCCAGCGUCGCAGGGAAUCGUCCGCUUACAGUGACUUCGACAUCGUGUCCGUUGCCGACGAAACGGAUCGCGUCCUACUGGACCUGAGCGGGGAGAGCGAGUACGCGACGGUUAGGGGCACAACGCAGGACAAAAACAUGCGCUGGGAACACACGGAGAGUAGUCGUGGCAUACAUGGCGGUAGCGGCGGCUGUGCGGCAGGAUGGAAGACGGCCAGCGGUGAGCGGCGUCAGAAAGGCUGGCAGCGUCGGUCCAUGCGGCUGGGCACGGAGGAGCAGCCGCCAAUCCGGCUGCGCGCUGACACCGAACCCUCAGAACGUCACCUCCAGGGAACGGCAUCAUCGUCUCACUAUACCACAGUAAGGAGAAGUAACCCGCGGAGUUCUCUUCCCAGCACAAACAGUACCAGCUCGCCUGCUUACACGAAAAAAACGGGCAGAUCAGCGACAUUAGGAACCGACAGCCGUAGCCUACGGGACAUGACUGGCUCCCUGGAUGACGAGUUUUCAUUAUCCGUGGAUCGACCAGAGUUCGGUUUCGAGGGUCUGCCGGCGAAAUCCGUCUCCACGGUUACCACGCUAUCGCCGCAAGGUGAUCUGCCGAGAGCAAGGUCGGCAGAUGGCAGCGGUCAACUGUCAGCAUCAGGACCCGUGCUACGCCAUCUACCAUCCUGUGUGUUUCAGGUGACGUGCGCAUACGGCCCGGACAUGAAGGCCAAGGUGCUGUCUGAGUGUCCAAAGGUGAAGGACACACAUCGAUUCGCCGUACGCACGUUACUGUCACGAGUAGGAUCAGUGCCGGAAGCGGGACCUUUGACCACGAUGAAUCUGCUGGAGACUCUGCAAGAUAUAUGUUUGAUAGGAGACGAGAGGCAUUCACAAGUCGUCAGCGAAGAGAGUACGAACAUGCCAGCUGGCCAGCAGUGUCUUUCCGUUCAUGUUGUGGAGGCACGAAGUCUUGCUGCCAAGGACCCGAAUGGCUUUAGCGACCCCUAUGUGAUCAUCGGCAUGGAGAGCAAGACACGGAAGACGCAUCGGCACUUGGACGACUUUUUUCACAUCGGUUUGAACACACGGCUAAACGCCAAAAUAUCUCCGAUGAGAAUGGCGGCACGUGCCCGCUCGCACUCCCCGCCGCGGUCUGACCAGCGGCAGAAGACGACGUCGUCCAUGCUGGGAGGUGGUGAUCCGGGUCACAACGAGGGCAUGUCACGGUACAAAACAACGGAGGUCGUCUACCGCUCGCUCAAUCCCAAAUGGGACGAGACCUUCUCUAUGCGUGUUGAUGACCCGAACAAAGCCGUCCUGGUGCUCUUCGUCGUUGAUCGAGACGAAGGCGGUGCAAGGCUACCUCAGCUUCGUGGACGCAAGGCUCUUGCUAACAUUGUUGAGUCUGUGCGCAGUCUGGUCAAGGCGGAGACCGAUGAUUUCAUGGGCAAAAUCGUCAUCCCAAUCGAUUCGAUACCAGUGCGCGGCCGCACCGACUGGUUUCUCCUGAAGGAUGGGGAGUUUCACCAUUUGACUAAGGGAGAGAUCCUUCUCUCUAUCAAGUAUGUCCCAGCCUCGCGUGCACUUGCGGAGGACGUGAGUGUCGAGGAGGCGGCCUCACUGGUGAAAACACUUCUCAAGCUCAUGUACACGCAUGAGUUUAUGGAUGUUCUGACUUACAAGCAGAGAAGUCCACAACAAGCGUUCGGUAUAGGCCUACAACCCGCUCACCAGUGCAUUAUUGAUCAGGUUCAAGCACAGCUGGACAUCACCGACGCCGACCUGACGGCAAUGAAGUUGCUAGCAUUCCACAGCCUAGCCAUGGACCAUGACAUCGUGCCGGCAACUCGCGAGACAGUGGUCGGGGCUAUUCUUUCCGUUGACCAGGUCGGGGAGAAGAUUCCCAGCGCGUCGGCUCUGUCUCCGUAUUUGGCCAAGGACUUGUCCCGGACGCUCGAUACCCUGGGCAAUGCCAUGCUGCAGUGGGGUAAUCGCCUCCACGAGCUCUUCCCACCCAGCGACAACGCCAGUAUGGACAUCAUCGAAACCCUGCGUGUAUUCAAGAGCGUCAUGGCCCUGCCGUUCUACAUACAGCACAAUCAGCUGUCACCGGACUACGCAAGAAAAAGGCUGGAGACCGUUUUGAAGGACGCGGUCGGAGAGUUCUACAACAGUUUCGGUAUGCCCGCUAGCUAUUCAGAAGAAAAACAUCCGCAAACGGCCGGCCACGGACUGCGGCUAGCGUUCAGCGAACGAAUACAGAGUGCACCCUACGGCACAGUGAAGCAGGUCGUGAAAGGGUCGCUCCGAGGAAGCAAACCGAUUGCUGGGAUCCGCGUCAAUCCAGAGCAAGUCAAGGAAGGACCUGUGGCGUUUCUCAAGGCACGCACAGACCUCAUACCGGAGUUGAUAGCGUACUUUGAGAGCACGCUACAGCAGUACGCUACCUACGAGAGCCUGUUUGAAAGGAAUGAUGUGAAGUACACACGGAUUGUGAUUGAAGCACUCGGGGCCAAGAUAGUUGAAGAGGUCACUACCCUUGUUGUCAUGGGAACAAAACACGUUGACUCCGGUGCCGGAGAAGAUAAGAAGGUGGUUUUGUCGGUGAUGAAGACACUCAUACGGCUCUUCACGAUAUCCAAGGACGUCAACAAGUUCACAAGACGGGUGAUUGAGAAAGAGGUGAUCUCGGUGGAAAAAGUCUUCCAACCGGUUUUGCCCUAUUUUGUCGUCACAUGGACCCAAGUCACAUCGGAUCACCUAAGCAAGGCAGCUGAACUGGAUCCCAUGAGUGAAGUCGUAGAUGGGCAGCUCUACUCGUACUCCGCUAUAGAUGUUUGUCUAAUUUACAACAGGGUUCUCGCCGACUGGGACAUCCUCUCUGAUUGGCCAGAUGAAGUGUCCAGGCUGAUGAUCAUGGUAUUGGUCGUAAAGCUGAUCUGCGAGGGCUGCCUGAGCUACUCUGUCUUGGCACACGAGCGUAUUCGCCUGAUGGAGGUGGGUCAGGCAUUGCAUCCCAACGACCUCAUUGAUCAGUCUGCAAUCAUCCGCAACAACAUCACGUAUGUCAUUGACCACAUGCUGCUGCGCCUGGUCAGAUGGUUCACAGAGAGCUCGCAGGCCAGCAGCAGCCGACUGGAGAGCGGCAGCUGUAGCAGUCUGGACCGCGGCUGGAAGAUGUUCAAACGCAUGCCGGGCAGCGAGCGACGAAGCUCUCGCCGCCUCUCUGCCGACCUUAGUGACGGCCUGGACGUCGAGGACGAGGAGUGUCUCAAUGCUGACGAGGUGUCCUCAUUUCGCAGCCGCUGCCUGGGCAUCGUGCGCAAGCUUGUGACCACCACCGAGCAGCAUAUGGACAACUGUAUUCAGCCGGCACAUCGUGCACUGCUCCGCAAGACAAUGCAGGGCAUUGAGAGGAUGUUGCGCAAGGGGCAGGUGGAGGACGCCUUCAACAGCCUUCUGGGAUUGAUCUCACGAGCGCAUGGUCAGACGAAGAUAGAGCUGUCGUUGAGGUUACGCAUGGUACAGGCAUACUGGAACAGCAUGCUGGAUGUACUGGCCAGGAUUAUCAAUGACACUGAGAAACACGAAGAGUUCUAUACGCAGUGCUCCGUGCAACUCAAUGGCAGCUUUACUGCCCUGAGCGAACUAGCUCCAGAUUCUGCCACGGCCAAUUUUGCCACAGACCAAUUCAAGAGUCUACACACAGCCCUGAAGAUGUACAGUGAAGGUCCAGAGCAGCUACAGUAUCAGUUCUUCAUGAUGCUCAGAGAUGCACCACCAGAUGACAAGUGGGGCAGCGUCACCAUCCAGAUUGGUCACGUUCCAAACCAGGUCAACUUUGCCAUGACCAACCUGCGCAUCAACCUAAUGCACUAUCAGGGCCUGUAUGCAACGGAGGAAGACAUUGAUACGUACGCCGUAUACUUCCAGUGUCAUGUCUUGCCAUCUGAACCUCGUUCGGAAUUCUGUGUCAGGUCCAAGACGAACAAUGGCACAACAGAUCUUCUCGAGGCUGUUGUGAAUCUAUCUAUUCCUCAGCGAUGGGUGACAAGUGAAAGUCACGUGGUGCGACUCAGCGCUUUUCACAAGAAAAUGGUCAAGGACGAGCUGCUAGGCGAGGUGAUUAUACCGCUGAACGAGGUGCCAGAGCUCGCAAUAUCCCUAUAUCGCAGUCUACCACUGAAGACCUACAACUUACAGUUGUUCAAAAUCGAGGACAAGCACUCUAUCGUACGCUGUCUGGAACGUCGUAGUCGCCAAGACACUGGUUUGAAGAAGUUCUUGCUUUACGAGCGGACAUGGCUGAAGGCGGCCGACUCCACCAAGCAUCAUCGCAACCAGUCACUACCCCUGGCAGCCCGUCAUCGGUAACCCCAGGUGUGUAUGUGUGUGUGUGUGUGUGUGUGUGUGUGUGUGUGUGUGUGUCUGUAUGUGUGUGCCAGUCUGUGCGUGAGUGUGGGUGUGUAUGUAUGUGUGUGUGUGUGUGUGUGUGUGUGUAUGUGUGUGUGUGUGUGUGUGUAUGUGUUUGUGUGUUUGUAUGUGUGUGUGUGUGUGUUUGUGUGUUUGUAUGUAUAUGUGUGUGUGUGUAUGUGUGUGUGUGUGUGUGUGUGUGUGUUUGUGUGUUUGUAUGUGUGUGUGUGUGUGUGUGUGUGUGUGUAUGUGUAUGUGUGUGUGUGUGUAUGUGUAUGUGUAUGUGUGUGUGUGUGUGUGUGUGUGUGUGUGUGUGUGUGUGUGUGUUUACUGAUGUUACAAUAGGCUUUAUCUGCAUUUCUUGACAUUCGCUGUGUGAGCUCAAAGCUGUACAGAUAUUAUGCAAACCUUGUUAAAUCGGAGGCAAGAAGACAUCUGAUUCUACUUUGAUAAUUGUAUACAUUUCAAUGCCUACGCAACAUAACUAGGGUGAAUGAGCUAUCAGAUCUUCUCAUCUGCUUGAGUUUGAUGGUCUGGGCAGGGCUGAUAUGUUUUAUAGAUAUGUUCCAUUGGUGCCGUUCUUGUUAAGCUUGCUGGUAAUAGGGAUUCACUUCCACUGCUUUUACUGUUCAAUGCGUUGUAUUGCUGUCUUUCAAUACCCUGUGCGCUCUCAUAGUCACUAGCAUAUUGACACACACACAUGAGUCAUGCUGAAUUCCUGCACUUCCUUUGGAAAUUGGUGGAAGCAUGCUUUUUAACCACUGCAUCUACACUGAAUUUGGCAAGUGAGUUACGCAGCAUCCAAACUCAUCGCUGCUCUUCAUGAAUCCCUUCUUCCAACCAGGCAAAUUCUUUGAUGUCGAUAAAACGAUUGUUAACUUAAAAGGCCUCUAUUUUUUGCUGUUGUUCAAAACGGAUGCGGAUGCGGGUAGUGCAAUCCUUUCUGUACUGGUGCUGGUGGUUUCCUCGCAAUACUAUACAUCACAACUCACUCCCGACUACAGGGCUGCCAAAAUUGAAAACGUUCUAUCAAACUUCUCGUGCCAGGUCUGUCUUACGAGACGGUUUUGUUAAUUGAUGCAUAAUCGUG